CUCCCCCAGCGGAUCUCCACUGUGGGUGGGAUGAGACGGAGCGUGUUCUUAUUUUUUCCUGCUGUAGAAAAAACGUCCUGCCGUGCUUUGCGUUUCCUUCCUUCCUUCCCCUUCCUCCUAUCCCCUUCCCCUCCUUCUCCUCCCCUGCCGUCCCCCGCGGGCCGGGCGGGGCCAGGCGGAGUCUUUCUCUCCCGGCGGGAGUCUUUCUCUCCCGGCGGGAUCUCCUCGCAGGAGCUGCAGCCGGAGCCGGGUUCGGAGUGGGUGCCGGAGCCUGGCAGCGCCGCAGGAUGGACCUCCCUCACCUCACGAGUCCCACCGACCUCCCCAAGCACAUCCUGGAUAUCUGGGUCAUCGUGUUGAUCAUCCUGGCCACCAUCCUCAUCAUGACAGUGCUGGUGCUGUGCCCGGCCACUGCCGUCAUCAUCUACCGAGUCCGAACACACCCCACGCGCAACGGCAUCGUGUGAGCCACGGGCACUGGGGGACGGCCAGCUCGCUGGGCUGGGGGCUACAGCCAUGGGACCCUGUGCCAGGCACCUUGACAGGGCACCCUGAGAGCUGGGGAGCCUGGGCAGGAGCUGGGCUGGGCCAGCACCCAGACCUGCUCCUGUACCGGGCUCUCACUGCUCAUUUUGCCUACUGAGUGCUCAGGGACUGUGGGGGAAAUGACAGCGUGGGCAGCAGUGGGGAGAGGUGUGACUUUGAGGACAUGUCCAGCUGGAAAUAUCUCACUCCCAUGAGGGAGGCAGGCUGGUCUCACCUUCACUGGUGACACUGUCUCCUCCCAGGCAAGCAGCAAGGAGUGGAAAUGCCUGAAAAAGUUAUCUCUUCUUUGGAGUCCCAGCUGUCAAGGUAGUUGGGGAAAAAAGAGUCAAAGCAAGAUGGAUGUGGCUUCUGGUUAUGCAUUUAGUGCUUGGCUAAAAGCAUCAGUGACAAAGCUUGUGCUGGCUGCACAGCAGACGUGCAGCUGGCACCAGCUUCUCCUCUACCCAUUAUCUGCUGAAAUGUAGGAAAAUCCUGCAGGGCUCUUGGCUCCUCUGGGUCUUGUGGGGCAGAGGAGUGUGUGCAGUUCCUGCCAGCCCUCCUGUCUGCACUCCCCACUCCUGACAGUGAGAGCUCCCACUGUUUCCUAGCACACCAGCCUUGCUGGGGAGUCUGUGCAUGCCUCACCUGGGCAGGUGAAGCAGGAGGAGCAGGUUUGUGCCCAGCCAGUGGCAAGGGAUCAUGUAAGCUGUUGUAUUGCCCUUUGUUAUGAAAUAAAUGGACUUUAUCCUUUA